UUGGUGAAUCAAACGUUGCUCUACUCCAAAAGAUAAAUUUUGGAACGUAACGAAAUGAUUCAUAAAAAUGCUCCUGUAGACUACUAAUCAUUUAUUUUGCUGUGAUAUUUGAUCACGUUUGCGAGAAAGGGAGAAAGUAAAAUCUCUUACACGUGGUUACGUUGGUUCAAAAAAGAAGAAGUGGUUAUGCUGGGUCACAUAUGAGAUUACACUGUAAUUAUUUAUAAUGGAUCUUGUCAAGUCAAUUUUAGAAAACGAACAAGGAAAGGCAGACCCAUGUAAAUCUACAUCAGUACAUAAAGAUGUGGAGCUUGACAUUGAUUUGGGAACUUUACUUGCAUCCGAUUAUAAUACCUUGGAUAUGAAGACUCUCAAAUUGAAACCAGAUUCAUAUUUAAAAGAUUUGACAAGAGACAAUGUGCAGCUACUGAUUAAUAAAAUCUGGGAACUGCCGAUAGAACGGACAAAUGAUGUUAUAAUGGCUACAUUGCCCAAGCCUGAAUAUGUAUUGCCACGCUCACGCGUUAUUCCAAAAUCCAAACCUUUGACAAAAUGGCAACAGUUUGCUAAACAGAAGGGAAUACAAGUCAAGAAUAAGGGAAAAACCAAACUGAAAUGGGACGAAGAAUUAAAAAAAUGGAUACCUAGAUAUGGUUAUAGACGAGCAAAUGCUCUGAAACAGAAGAAAUGGUUGAUAGAAGCCAAAAAUAAUGAUGAUCCAACCGAUGAUCCAUUUUCUAAAGCUAAAAUAGCUAAAAAAGAAAGACAGUCCAAAAAUGAAUUUCAAAGGCUUCGCAAUAUAGCGAAAUCAAGAAAUAUAAAACUGCCAAGAGUCGGUCUACCCACUAAAGAUCACUUUCAAAAUUCUAAACAGCUUUCUGAAGCUCUAACUAUAGCACGUACAUCGACUGCAUCUGUUGGAAAAUUCCAGGCUAAGCUACCGAAAGAGAAGGAUGCAAAGGGUAUUGCCAAGGAAGUACCGGGAAUGAAAAGGAAAAGAAAAGCACCUCCAUUAAAUAUUGUUGAAGAGAAAAACCAAAAUAAAAACUUAGUUGAUAGCUUAUUAACAAAGAAGACAAAAGUUCUCCAUGAAAAUUAUUUAACAGGAACUACUGCAGUGAGAAAACAACCUGCAACAAAUAAAAACAAAAAAAAGAAAGAUUUAUUGAAACGAGGCAAAGACGCCAAAAAACCAAAAGCAGGAAAAGGACAACGAGACUUACACAAAAAAGUUGGUGGCAGGAAACGACGAUAAAGAGAUAUUUGUAAUCUAAUGACAAUUAAAUUUUUUAUUAAUAAAAACUGAUAAAAUGAAUAAAAUUAUGUUAAAAAUGAAUCGCAUUUCUCUAGUCACAAUAUAAUAAUAGAAUAAGAAGAUAAUAUAAGGAAAAAUUGUAUAGAAUUUUUUUCUAAUUGUAUAUAUAAAUAAUUAUAUAUAUAUAUAUAUAUAUAUA